AUGCAGUUCUCUAGCUUAGUCCUCUAUUUUUUGAUUGCAAAUCUUCUGACUAAGGUUGCAGCACUUUAUUUUUACUACGAUUCUGCUGAACCAGUACAAAAUCUUACUCGAAUCGAGGUCACUUAUGACAAUGAAUACAGUAAUGACGAGGGCAUAUUUUGGUCCAAUCAGUUUGCUUUUCAAGGUGGCCAAGGUGGGUACAUGGGAUUUCAACCUAGACCAAACGGUCCCGACCAUUUAGUAUUUAGCUUCUUCGGCCAGAAUGCUACUUCAGAAUCUCCAUAUUGCAGCAAUGGUGCUGAUGGUGACCCUGGUAUAUCUUGUAUGCAUGAGUUUGAGUGGAUCCGUAAUAGAAAUUAUACUAUUGCGGUUGAAUUAGAGAGCACUGGUGCGGAUGGCAGUAACUUAUGGCAAGGAACGCUUCAAGAUGAAGUCACUGGAGAGAAAUUGACCAUUGCCAACUUCACUUUACCAGCCACCUAUCAAAGGCUCAGUUCGGCUUUGAUUACUUGGCUAGAAUGGUAUCUGAUGAACGGUAACACUGGAGCGAUCUCUGAAAGAUUUCCUUGUACACCAAAGGCUUCCUAUUCAUUUUGGACCCCUCGCUACUUCAAAGAUGGUGAGGAGUACGAUGUAAAGCAAACAGAUUACAAGGCAGAAGGCAUCUAUGAUGGCUGUGCCUAUGAACACAAUGCUCCGAAUCAAAAUGUAACCGCCAUUCCCGGUGGAUAUUACGUCCAAAAUGGUAUCUUUGAUUAA